CCCUUGAUGUUUGGAGACUUCUAUACUGCUUUGGAUAUCCUAAACUUGUAGUAUUGCAAUCUCCUUUCUAUCUUUGAGAAACCUAAAUAAUUGAGAAAUUAGAUCGAAAGAAUGAGUUUUUCAACAACAAUUACAACUUGGGGUUACACCCAUUAUCCCCUUUCUGACGUUGGAAAUAGAUCCAGAUUUUGCUCUCCCGGAUUCAUGCCUCAUCUGAAGAUGAAAUUCUCCACUAACCCUUCUUCUCUUUCUGUCUCAGCUGUUCUCACAAAGGAGCAGACAGAUGCGGAGAGCAAGAGCAAGAAACAAGCAAUGGAGUUUAAAGAAUACGUUCUUGAAAAGGCUAUUUCUGUCAACAAGGCUUUGGAAUCUGCAGUCUCUAUCAAGGAACCGGUCAAGAUUCAUGAGUCCAUGAGGUACUCUCUUCUUGCUGGUGGGAAAAGAAUCAGACCCAUGUUGUGUAUAGCUGCUUGUGAGCUUGUUGGUGGGGUUGAGUCCACAGCCAUGCCAGCAGCUUGUGCCGUGGAGAUGAUUCAUACCAUGUCUUUGAUUCAUGAUGACCUUCCUUGUAUGGAUAAUGAUGAUCUUAGAAGAGGGAAACCAACAAAUCACAAGAUUUAUGGUGAGGAUGUGGCUGUUUUAGCAGGGGAUGCACUUCUUGCAUUAGCCUUUGAGCACAUUGCUACUCAAACAAAAGGGGUUUCUUCUGAUAGAAUUGUGAGGGUGAUUGGUGAGUUGGCUAAGUGUAUUGGGUCAGAGGGACUUGUAGCUGGUCAGGUUGUAGAUAUAAUUUCAGAAGGUAUUUCUGAUGUUGAUUUGAAGCAUUUAGAAUUCAUUCAUCUGCACAAGACUGCAGCUUUGUUAGAAGGGUCAGUGGUGCUAGGGGCUAUAUUAGGAGGGGCACCAGAUGAAGAUGUGGAGAAGCUAAGGAAGUUUGCUAGAUGUAUUGGGUUGUUAUUUCAAGUUGUGGAUGAUAUUCUUGAUGUCACAAAGUCUUCUCAGCAAUUGGGGAAAACAGCUGGGAAGGACUUGGUUGCUGAUAAGGUAACUUACCCCAAACUGAUAGGUAUUGAGAAGUCUAGGGAGUUUGCUGAGGAGUUAAACAAAGAAGCAAAAGCUCAGCUUGUUGGAUUUGAUCAAGAGAAAGCAGCUCCAUUGUUUGCUCUUGCAAAUUAUAUUGCUUACAGAGAGAAUUAAAUUGUAACAACAGGAUUCUCAGUGAUUCCUGAUAGUAUUAAACAAUGAAUAUAUGAAUUUUUGGUCAACCAAUUUGUAUAUUUAAAGUUUAAGAAGUUAGUACAAGGCAAGGACAUGAAUGUGUACAUUUAAAGAUUCAAACUUCUAACAUCUUGAAUGAAAUAAUGGCCAAUACACAUUUCUUUU